CCCCUCCCGCCGGCCGGGAGGUGCGUGCAGGCGGGCGGGCGGCCGGCGAGGGGGCGGGACACGUCGGCGCUGCCACCACCGCGCCGCUUCCUGGGCUGCGUCCCCGCGUCCGUCCCGCGGCGCCGCGCGUCCCGGCCCGGCUGCUGCCCGCGUCCGCCGCCGGGCCAGCCGCCCGCCGCCGCCGUGAUGGCGACGCGCUCCUGCCGGGAGAAGGCGCAGAAGCUGAACGAGCAGCACCAGCUGAUCCUGUCCCGGCUGCUGCGGGAGGAGGACAACAAGUACUGCGCCGACUGCGAGGCCAAAGGUCCCCGAUGGGCUUCCUGGAAUAUUGGUGUGUUUAUUUGCAUCAGAUGUGCUGGAAUCCACAGAAAUCUUGGAGUUCAUAUAUCCAGGGUCAAGUCAGUCAACCUAGACCAAUGGACACCGGAACAGAUACAGUGUAUGCAAGAUAUGGGAAAUACUAAAGCAAGACUACUCUAUGAAGCCAAUCUUCCAGAGAACUUUCGAAGACCGCAGACAGAUCAAGCAGUGGAGUUUUUCAUCAGAGACAAAUACGAAAAGAAGAAAUACUAUGAUAAAAAUGCUAUAGCUAUUGCAAACAUUUCCUCUUCUGAUGCUCCUCUUCAGCCUUUGGUAUCCUCUCCUUCUCUACAAGCUGCUGCUGAGAAAAACAAGUUGGAGAAAGAAAAGGAAAAAAAAAAAGAAGAGAAAAAGAGAGAAAAGGAGCCAGAAAAGCCUGCAAAACCUCUCACAACUGAAAAGCUGCAGAAGAAAGAAGAUCAGCAAUUGGAGCCUAAAAAAAGUACCAGCCCUAAAAAAGCUGCAGAGCCCACCGUUGAUCUUUUAGGACUUGAUGGCCCUGCUGAGGCACCAGUGACCAAUGGGAACACGACCACAGUGCCAGCCCUGAAUGAUGAUCUGGACAUCUUUGGACCAAUGAUUUCUAAUCCCUUACCUGCAUCUGUCAUGCCCCCAGCUCAGGGCACGUCCUCUGUACCAGCAGCUGCUGCUCUGUCUACAGUAACCUCUGGGGAUCUGGAUCUCUUCACUGAGCAAACGACAAAAUCAGAAGAGGUGGCAAAGAAACAGCUCUCCAAGGACUCCAUCUUGUCUCUGUAUGGCACAGGGACCCUUCCGCAGCAGAGUGCUGGUGUGUUUAUGGGACCCACAAAUAUACCAUUUACCUCACAAGCACCAACUGCUUUUCAAGGUUUUCCAUCAAUGGGCGCACCUGUGCCUGCAGCUCCUGGCCUUAUAGGAAGUAUGAUGGGACAGAGCGCAAGCAUGAUGGUGGGCAUGCCCAUGCCCAUGCCCAAUGGGUUCAUGGGAAAUGCACAAACUGGUGUGAUGCCCCUUCCUCCGAACGUUGUUGGCGCCCAGGGAGGAAUGGUGGGCCAGAUGGGUGUGCCCCAGAGUAAGUUUGGCCUGCCACAAGCUCAACAGCCCCAGUGGAACCUCUCUCAGAUGAGUCAGCAGAUGGCUGGCAUGACUCUCGGUGCGAACCCUCCUGUGGGCCUCGGCCAGCCCCCCAGCACCACGGCAGGAUGGUCCGGAAGCUCAUCAGGUCAGACUCUCAGCACGCAGCUGUGGAAGUGAAAACUGCAGCGCAAGCUUCCUCCAGCACACGUGCCUGACACUCCUCGCUGGAGCGCAUCGAGUCCCCUGUUUAUUCAUGUACAUAAUAUUUUUUUCUUUUCCCCCAUUUGUUCAUAUUAAGAAUUACCUGAUUGGCCAUGUGGUCUGUCCUGAUUUAAUCUGAUGUGGUGAAAAGCAGGUUGAGAAACCAUUUUGUGUCCAGGGCAGCUUUGCUCAUAUUUCAUAAACCACAUUGUUUGAGAAGCUGCUCAGUCAACUUGCAUAAUCAGUUUUACUCUCGAUAAAAUUAUAGAUCUAAUGUUUGCAUAUAAGGGAAGUAGUUAUCAUGUUAGUAAUACCUCUAACAGUAUAAGCCUCACCCCAGAUUAGCCCGUAAUCCUGUAGGAAGGUACUGUACGAUCAAAUGUGUAAUCAUAUAAAUAGAAUGUCAGUGUGUCACUGAGCACUGUUUCCUGGUGUAUCCAGAGUCCCUGAUUUCAUCAUUCACUUCACUGUGCUGUGGUUACGAUGUGCUUAACAGGGAACGUGGUUAGUGAAAGGAAGAUAAACCUGGAUGUUCCUGCAAAACGUACCUUAACGAAUGUUGAAAGAAUUCAGAUUUUAUCUGCCUCUCUCUUAAUUUGGAUCUCUUCUAUACAUAGUGCUCACAUGAAGACCUUUCUCUGCGCUAUACACAAACAGGGUAACCAAACAAAGCCACUUUCACUUCUUGAAGGUAUAUCCAGGUUUAUGACAGUAAUUGUGUUUACAUUUUAUGGUGCCUAGUAUUGACAAAUGUUAUAGCCCUAUAUUAAACAGAUGAAUCCAUA